GGACAUUUCAUCCGAUAUAGUCGAUACAAAUUUGUUUGAGAAUCUGGUAGUUCGUGGUACUAUAAAUUUGUCUGGAAUUGAGGUUAGACUAUGAUCGAAACGAUACAAAGCGUACAGUAAUAAACUGUAAAUGUUUUUUGUUUGAAAAGUCUAAAUGGCUAGUCACGUAUAUAAAAAAAUGGCGAACUUACCAAUAAUACAUAAAACGAGAGAGGAUGACGUUCUUGAAUGUUUCCUUUAUCCCAAAUUUUGUUAUGCAUUGAACACAGAUAAUAUAACUGAAGCACAACUUAAUGAAGAAAUUGCGAGAUAUUAUCAAGAAAUUGCACCGUAUACGACUGAUUAUAUUUGGCAUAGAGAUGCCUUAGUAUUCCGUCCAAGAACCAAACAAGCAAUGAUGCUAGAAAGAAUUCUUGACAAUUCAAUGGUUAUAGAAGAUUAUCAAACUGUAGCUCACAUUUAUGCAACUUUACAUUUUGAUGAGGAUAUAGGAGAUGAAUGGUUUACAGUAUUUCUUAUAUACAAACUGACAAAAGUGUUUGAUGGAUUAGUUGCUAGAUUAGUAGAUUCAGAUGGUGAAUUUCUUUUAAUCGAAGCUGCGAAUGCGUUACCUCUAUGGGCUAAUCCUGAGACUUGCCAAGAUCGUGUUUUUAUACAUGAUGGUUUACUUCACAUUAUUAGAGAAAAAGGAAAGUCAUUUGUAAAUUUGUUGAAUAACAUUAAUCGUAUUCCACAAAAUUCUAGAGUAUCAGAUAAAGUACAGAGUAUAUUAAACAAACGCAUAGAUAUGUAUCCAGAGGAAAUAUGUAAAAGGAAACAUAAAGCAAGAGCUUUUUUACCAGAAAAGGCUGCAUCUAUUCUACGACAGGAACCAGGGCUCAUUGGGCCAAUAAUUAGAACAAUUUGUCAUUCGGAUCCAUUCGAACGUAAAGUUUGUCGUGCCAUGAGGUAUUUUCCACCUGAGCAACGUACCAUGGUUAAUGUAAAAAUGACUAAAUGUUUAUAUGCACUGGCAUCGCAUAGUCGGUAUACCGGUGAUCCAAGAACAGGUUGGAACUUACCUCCUGCAACUAGUUCCAAAUAUAAUGCAUAUGUUCUUGGUGUUAAAAUAGCAUGUGGUCUAGAAAUGUUAGUAGCUCGUGCUAAUGAGGAACGUAGAAAAAGAGCAAAAAAUGCAGCAGGAAUAGAUAAUGAAGGAAAGUCGAUAUCAAAUGAACAUUCGCUCAAUGCAUUUUUGUCUCGUUUGGAAGCUAGUGGAUAUUUCAAAGACUUGUUGGAAGGCAGUCAAGAACGUGAAAAACUUUCAGUUAUAGCAAAAGACUACUUUUUAAAACACUUAAAUUUAGACGAUACCUUACUACAUAAUGAUAAAACAGACGCAGAAAAAGUUCUAGAAGCAUGGGAAAAUAUACAAACGAAUGAUGUUGAGAUGUAUGCCCAAGAUGAAGGUACAUUAAGUCCUGCAGACAGUGACAGUUGGCUGAAUAUAGAUCCAGCACAAUUAGAAAUGCUUUUGAAUCAACAAUGGGGAAAUAGUAAAGACAAAAAACAUGAACAUGAGCCAUUGAGUCUUAGAGAAAAAGUACAAGCCUUUCUUAAUCAAAAUAGUGAUAUCGAUGGCGUACAAUUCGUAGAGGAUCAAUCGGCGGAUGACAAUACAAGGCAUGAUCCAGACGAUAAUGGCAGAAUAGAAUUUGAUGCUGAUGUGUUUGACAGUACCUUACGCGAUAUUUUAGAUUUAGUUGUGCCAGGCGGGGAAGGAGAAUUUGAAGGGAGCUCAGAAGGUUCAUUAGGUGGUGAUGAUGAAGAUAAAGGUGGCGAAAUGGAUAAGUACAUGCGAUUGUUAGAUUCGCAAUUGCAAGCAGAAUUAGUAAAGGAAGAAGAACAUAUUGAUAAUAAACACACUGAUAUAGUAGAAACAAACUUAAUGGAAAGUAUUCAAGGAGAAUCAGGUGGUUCUGGUCCAACUGGAAACAUAAUUGGCGGUCCCAUUCGACGGCUCAUGCAUUUGCAGUUACAGUCUCCCACAAAAGUACCUCCUGAUUUGCAAAGUUAAUAAUUCUUUAUUGAAAGUUAUAAAAGAAAGUCAUAAUAAAUCAAAUUCAUCUUUGCAUGUAAAUAUUGAUGUAGGCCUUACUGUUUGAAGCACAUAAAUAUUUGAUACUAUCACAAUAUUUACUAUGCCAAAGCAAUAUUAUGAUAACAAAUAGGUGUGCUCAGUUAGAGAAUACGUUUACAGUCUGUCUGUAUGAUCUCGAACUGACGUCAUUAUAGACAAAAUUAAAUUAACAUCAUAUCAUCUUUGUCUACAUUCUUAUAUUUUCACAAUUCAUAUUGGUUCAUAGUUUUCAUAUAUUUCAUAGUUCAUAUAGUUCAUAUAUUUCUAUUUUGUAUAAACUCAAUGCAACUGUAAUUAUGCAAUUAUUUUAUACAUUUACAUAUAUACGUAUGUUAUUGUGAGUUUGUAUUAUUAUGCAAAUGACAAGUUCACUGUUUGUCCUGGCGUCAGUAUGAAAAUUGCUUUUUAUACUCUCGUGAACACACCUUAUUUCAUGCCAUAAUGAUAUGUGCUUGUGCUGCGAACAAAAAAAAAAAUAUAAAAUAAAAAAAAACAAAGUUGUCAAACGUUAGAAACGCAAUUUCAAAGUCGUAUACAUCUUUCGUGGAUAAUGUUUAAAGUUUAUAAUGCAUCUAUCCAUUAUAAACAUUCAUGAUUAACUCAAAUAACAUAUCUUAUAAAGAUAAACGUAUGCACACAUUAUUGAUAUAAAAGAUUAUAGAUAAUAAUUAAUGUUUGUAAUGCAUAAAAGAGCUGUCCAUUAGGUAAAAAUUAUAAAAAAUAUGAAUUGUUACUUCUACAAUCUAUUUGAUGAGCCAUGGAAGUGCAAGAAGUUAAUUGUUUAAUUUGCACAUUCCAUAUCAUUAUAAUAAAUCAUAUAUCAUAUAAUUACAUAAAAAUCAACAAAACUAAAUUUCUUGAAUAUUUAUCAAAGUUAGUACCAAAAAAUUUGUACCUUUUUGUUAUACAUUUCAUCAUUUGGCUAUAACUAAGUCCAUUUUCACUUUUGUAAAUAAUCAGCAUUAAUAAUGGCAUUAUUGUUAUACAGAUAUCUGUAUACUUCAAUUUUUACUAAUGCAUAAAACACACACAAACACAUACACGUCUCUAAAUGACAUACAUAUAGAUCUGUACAAAUACUCAAUAAAGAAUUCCUAUCAUACAUUUAUAAAAA